AAACAAAGAAAAUGCCAGCCAAUACAGUAGAGCAAGUAGACUGAUUUGCUUGUCAAAAAAGUUAUCCAAAGAGCUAUGUCCAGUACCUGGAUAAAAGUAGCAUGAAUUCUGGUAAAAACAAAGAGGGCACAACAAGUUUGGGCCAGAAAUUGCCCUUCUGCUUCAAUUGCAUGCCUAACUCCAAUAUGAAGAAAUCUUUCAGAGGACAUCUAGAAGUCCCUGGAAUCUCAGACGACAUUCUUGAAAGAUCAUUUGAUUCUAAGGAUACAUCAGGUACGAUGAUUAACUUGAGAAGAGGUUAGAUAACUCUCCAAUUUUUAGAGUUACUAUUACUGUAUCAAUUUCUACCCAUUGACUUCCUGCUUAGAGAUGAUUGAGAAAAUAAAAAUUAUUUGCUUUUCGAUUUACUAAAUAGACUUUUGCCUUUUCAGAUUAUAUGGGGCUCAAAAAUAAUCUGGGACAUAUCUUCUCAUCAGCAACUUGAGCAAUAAUGUUACCUAUUUCUCUACUUCUCUAUAAUCUAUGUAUACUCUGAACUAUAAAAUCAAACUGAAGUAC